AUGAGUAUUCUGAAUUUAAAUCAUAUCCAAAAAUUAGAAUCUUUGGAAAACAUAAUGAUUAAAGUUUAUUCAAAUAUUUGUUAAUAAAGUAAUACAUUCUAUUAUUUACAAAAUAAAUUUAAUAACUAAUACUUAAUAUAACUUGAAAAAUCAGUUACUUAAGCAUAUACUAAAACACAUUGCACCUUAAAAAUCUAAUAAAAGCAAAUAAGCGAAUUAGUAAAUGUUAUUUAACAAUAUUUUGAUUCUUUGAAAAAUGAAGUGUUAAAUCAAUAAAGAAAAAAAUAAAAUAACUUCAAAAUAGAUGCAGAAGUUUUAAUUAAAGCCUUAACUACAAGAAAAGAAACUUAUACUAUUUAUUUAGAUAAUCUGUAAAUAUUAGAAUUCAUAUAGUCUUUCAUUAGGAAUAUAAGUAACUAUUUAACUAUAAAUUUCAAUUUCUACAAUAGAGUAGAUUUAAAAACAAAAGUUAAUUCAAGUUAUCUUUUAAAAUUAGAAUUUAUAAAACUCUUCUUUACGUUUUAAUUUUUUAAUUAUUUUUUAAUUAUUGA